CCUGUGCAUCCGCACCUGGGUCAGCUGAAUCCAGCCGUCAACUCCAUCUUCAGCUCCGACAAGCCACAAGCCAUGGAGUCAAAACGUUAGUUAAAAGCGAUUUUAACGGAAAACUGCCAUGCCGACGAAAUCUGACGAGGCGGAGGAGCGUUGGCGUGUAGCUAUCCAUUUCGGGCCAUGCGAGCCAGCCACGAGCCACCAUGAGAAUGCCCGGAGAAGACGGCAAGCUGGAGCCUGGCGGCAGCUUGGAAGUUGGAACCGGUCGUCCACCCACCACCACCACCCCGUCGUCCCCAACCUGCUCCUAAUUUAACCCCACCCGGCCUCCUCGGCUCGCCCUGGUCCCGUCCCCCCUUAACCUCCCCUCCUCCUGCGGUUCCCACUCCCAUCCUUCGGUUCAGGAGGCAGGCACAGGUUCAAGGGGGGAUCGGCUCGGCUCCAUUGCGCCUGAUUCGACCCGUUCUUGUGAUUGCUUUCGCCGUUUCUUGGGUUUCUUGGAAGGCCAAUCGACUUCUUGGAGCCCCGGGUGCUCCCUCGAGGUGUUGCUGCCUUGUCUCGGUUGGAUUUGUCCUGGUGGCGUGUUGCCGUGCUGUUGUUGAUUCGGCUGGAAAAUGAUCAAGUGGGGACUCAGCAGCGGGACGCCCGCGGAUUCCUACUACGAGGUCCGGUCGGAUUGCACGGACGAUGUGCCCAAGAGCAAGUUCAAGAUCAAGGCUGGCAAAACGUUAAGUGCUCGAAAAUGGCAGGCUGCAUUUAGCCCCGAUGGCUGUCUUGAUAUUGCCUCAGUCCUAAGCCGGAUACAAAGAGGAGGUGUCCAUCCAACAGUCAGGGGGGAGGUUUGGGAAUUCUUACUUGGCUGUUUCGAUCCCAGGAGUACCUUCGAUGAGAGGGAGGAGAUCAGGCAAAUAAGGAGACUACAGUAUGCUAGAUGGAAGGAAGAAUGCCGAGAGAUGGAUUCUCAUGUUGGUAGCGGUAAAGUUAUCACAGCACCAAUGAUCACUGAGGAUGGGAGACCAAUUAAGGAUCCUCUGGUUUUACUUGAGUCUACUUCAGACCAGAACACUUCAGAAGGUGCUUCGACUAGCAGCAAAAAUGGAAAAGAUGUAGACGAUUGUGCAAACCGCAUUACAGAUAAGCAAAUUAUUGAAUGGAAGCUGACAUUACAUCAAAUUGGACUUGACGUGCUACGUACUGAUCGCACCAUGGUAUUUUAUGAGAACAAAGAAAACCUCUCCAAGUUAUGGGAUAUUCUAGCCGUGUAUGCAUGGAUUGACAAAGAUGUCGGUUACUGUCAAGGGAUGAGUGAUUUAUGCUCACCGAUGAUAGUUCUACUCAAGGAUGAAGCAGAUGCAUUUUGGUGCUUUGAGAAAUUGAUGCGUAGAUUGCGAGGGAAUUUCAGAUGCACAGAUCAAUCUGUGGGAGUUGCCAACCAACUUCAACAUCUUGCAUCUAUAAUUCAGGUUCUUGACCCGAAGCUACAUGACCACCUAGAAACUCUCGGUGGAGGUGACUACCUGUUUGCAUUCCGUAUGUUUAUGGUGCUCUUUCGUCGUGAAGUAUCAUUUGGAGACUCCUUAUACCUCUGGGAGAUGAUGUGGGCUCUGGAAUACGACCCCGACAUCUUCUUUGCAGCAUGUGAAGAACAAGGUGCAGUACACAAAAAUAAAGUUUCUAAAUCAAAACUGAAAGGGCUGCGCCAUUUUGGCAAGUGGGAUAAGGAAAAUACAAAGAUUGGGGCCGAGGAUGGUGAAGAAGGUCCAGUUCCAAUUUCAGUUUUCAUGGUUGCAAGUGUUCUUAAGGAAAAGAGAGAAAAGCUAUUACAAGAAGCUAGAGGACUGGAUGAUCUUAUUAGGAUAUUGAAUGAUGUAAAUGGGAAUUUAGAUGCAAAGAAAGCUUGUGCUGGAGCUUUGAAACUCCACAAGAAAUACCUGAAAAAGGUACAAACAAAGAAACCUUAAGAAACAUACCUCUCCAAUGAGCAAUUCCUUAACCAUUUGAACAUAAACAACGACCAUAUUCGACAGAAAAUAUUGAGCAAAGGUUCUCAGAAGUGGUCAUCAUCUAAAAAUGUCCUCGGAUACACUGACUCCAAAGUUAUCAGGCUAGUCGGUUGAGUACAGGAUGAGUGCAACCGGUUGUACGUAUAUCACGCAUGUUCUUUGUGCUCCACAAUUUUGUUGGCUGUACAGACAGAAGGCGGUGUGGGUAGCAUGCCUUGCUUACACAAUUAUUUCAAUACAAGUUGAAAUGAGCAACACCUUGCGACAGAA